AUGUCUGAUUUUAAUUAUGGAGGCACGGAUGAGGAAUCGGCAGAAAUAAAGCGGUUGAACAAUGAGGUCCUAGAAAAUACGGACAAUUUCGAGAGCUGGGAAAAGCUUGUUCGCGCCGCAGAGAGCCUCGAAGGCGGCUUAAAUCGCAACUCCAGCCCCCAAGCUAUUGCAACUAUACGAGAUGCCUACGACCGGUUCCUUGCCAAGUUCCCUUUAUUGUUUGGAUACUGGAAGAAAUAUGCCGACUUGGAAUUCUCAAUUGCUGGCACCGAGGCCGCUGAAAUGGUCUUCGAGCGAGGGAUAGCCAGCAUCACCAUUUCGGUAGACCUAUGGACAGACUAUUGCUCUUUCAAGGUCGAAACUAGCCAUGAUCCAGACGUGAUCAGAGAGCUAUACGAGCGUGGCGCAUCGUCAGUUGGGCUAGAUUUCCUAGCCCACCCGUUCUGGGACAAAUACCUAGAAUUUGAGGAUCGUCUAGAUGCAGAAGAUAGGAUUUUCGCCAUCCUAAAACGAGUUAUCAACAUUCCCAUGCAUCAAUAUGCCCGUUAUUUCGAGAGGUUCCGCGGUCUAGCUCACAGACGUCCAUUGCCAGAGCUUGUACCUGCCGAGACCUUGGCUACCUUCCGUGCUGAAGUCGAAGCGGAGGCUUACCAGACUGGUCCCAAAGGCGAGCAGGAAAUUGAGCGAGAACUACGCUCAAAGGUUGAUACAUUCUAUCUGGAUGUCUUCACUCGUACUCAGACCGAGACCACAAAGCGAUGGACUUAUGAAUCAGAAGUCAAACGUCCAUAUUUCCAUGUCACCGAGCUUGAUCACGCGCAGCUAGCGAACUGGAGGAAGUAUCUGGACUUCGAAGAGUCCGAGGGUGAUUACACCAGGACCAUCUUCCUGUACGAAAGGUGCUUGGUAACCUGCGCAUUUUAUGACGAGUUUUGGUUCCGAUAUGCUCGAUGGAUGUCCGCCAAGGAAGGAAAACAAGAAGAAGUUCGAAACAUCUAUCAACGAGCAAGCACGCUUUACGUACCGAUCAGUCGACCCGGCAUCAGGCUGCAGUAUGCUUAUUUUGAGGAGAUGUCCGAGCGUUAUGACGUCGCCAAAGAUAUUCAUGAGGCCAUCCUCGACCGCAUCCCAGGCCACGUAGAGACCAUUGUGUCCUGGGCAAAUCUAGAACGUCGUCAAAAUGGCCUUGAAGCUGCCAUCGAAGUCUACAAAAACCAAAUUGACACACCCGUUGUUGACUUGUUUGCAAAGGCUGCUUUCGUUGUUGAGUGGGCUAUUCUAUUGUGGAAGAUCCAAGGCUCCGUAGAUGAGGCUCGCCAAGUCUUUCAGAAGAACCAGCAAUGGUAUCUACUAAGCCGCCACUUCUGGGCCAAGUAUUUCGAAUUCGAGAUCUCGCAGCCUACCAGCCUUGCUACGGAGUCUGAGCAUUACGAGAGGAUCAAGAAAGUCCAUUCGGAUAUGAUUCAGCAAAGCCGCAUGGCUUUAGCCACGAAGAAGGACCUCAGCAAUUACUAUUUGACGUAUCUACAGCAAAGGGGGACGAAGGAAGCAAUGAAAGAAUUCUUACAAGUUGACAGGGAACUUAAUGGUCCCUCCUCGAUUCAACCUGUGAACCUCAAAAUAGAAGGUGGCAAAGGCUUGGAAAACGGACAUGGUGCUGGAGAAGUCGACGAGGCAAUUCUCCGAAAGGGUGAAGUGCAGUACAGCACUUAUUUUCAGCAACAUGGUGAAACCCUACCCCCAACCGCUGCAGGGCUUGCUAGUUUCCAUUAA